AUGCACCCCGGCCACCACUGGUCCUGCCCCCCCGUGUACCACAUCAGCACCCCCGACCACCAUUGGUCCCAGGGCCCGUGUGCCACAUCAGCUGCCCAGCCACCUGGUCCCAGGGCCCGUGUACCACAUCAGCACCCGGCCACCACUGGUCUGGGUCCCGUGUACCACAUGAGCACCCUGCCUCCAUUGGUCCCAGGGCCCCCGUGUACCACAUCAGCACCCCGGCCACCACUGGUCUGCCCCGUGUACUACAUUAGCACCCGGCCACCUGAUUGGGGCCCCCCGUGUACCACAUCAGCACCCCAGCCACCAUUGGUCCGGGGCCCCGUGUACCACAUCAGCACCCUGCCUGCCACUGGUCCUGGGGCCCCGUGUACCACAUCAGCACCCCAGCCACCAUUGCACCCCGGCCACCACUGGUCCUGCCCACCCCCGUGUGCUACAUUAGCACCCGGCCACCAUUGGUCCCAGGGCCCCCGUGUACCACAUCAGCACCCCGGCCACCACUGGUCCUGCCCCCGUGUUGCUACAUUAGCACCCCGGCCACCACUGGUCCUGCCCCCGUGUACUACAUUAGCACCCCGGCCACCACUGGUCCUGCCCCCCCGUGUACUACAUUGCACCCCGGCCACCACUGGUCCUGGGGCCCCGUGUCCACAUCAGCACCCCGGCCACCACUGGUCCUGGGGCCCCGUGUACCAUCAGCACCCCGGCCACCAUUGGUCCCAGGGCCCCGUGUGCCACAUCAGCACCGGCCACCACUGGUCCUGGGGCCCCGUGUACCCAUCAGCACCCCGGCCACCACUGGUCCUGGGGCCCCCGUGUACCACAUCAGCACCCCGGCCACCACUGGUCCUGCCCCCCCCAUGUACCACAUCAGCACCCCGGCCACCACUGGUCCUCAGGCCCCGUGUACCACAUCAGCACCCCGGCCACCACUGGUCUCCCCGUGCUACAUUAGCACCCCGGCCUGCACUGCCCCCCCCCGUGUACUACAGCACCCCGGCCACCACUGGUCCCCCCCCCGUGUACUACAUUGCACCGGCCACCACUGGUCCUGGGGCCCCCAUUGUACCACAUCAGCACCCGGCCACCACUGGUCCUGGGGCCCCCGUGUACCACAUUAGCACCCCGGCCACCACUGGUCCUCAGGCCCCGUGUACCAUGAGCACCCCGGCCACCACUGGUCCUCAGGCCCCCGUGUACCACAGGCACCCGGCCACCACUGGUCCUCGGGCCCCCGUGUACCACAUAGGCACCCCGGCACCACUGGUCCUCGGGCCCCGUGUACCACAUGAGCACCCUGCCACCACUGGUCCUCCAGGCUCCCGUGUACCACGCAGGCACCCAGCCACCACUGGUCCUCGGGCUCCGUGUACCAUGAGCACCCCAUACCACUGGUCCUCCGGCCCCGUGUACACAUCAGCACCCCGGCCACCACUGGUCCUCGGGCCCCGUGUACCACAUCAGCACCCCUGCCACCACUGGUCCUGCCCCGUGUACCACAUCAGCACCCCGGCCACCAUUCCGGGCCCCGUGUACCACAUGAGCACCCCGGCCACCACUGGUCCUCGGGCCCCGUGUGCCACAUGCGCACCCCGGCCACCACCACUGGUCUGGGGCCCCGUGUACCACAUCAGCACCCGGCCACCAUUGGUCCCAGGGCCCCGUGUACCACAUCAGCACCCCGGCCACCACUGGUCCUGGGCCCCCGUGUACCCCAUGAGCACCCGGCCACCACUGGUCCUGGGGCCCGCGUGUACCACAUGA